UUAUACUAAAAUAAAAUCUGCACAGUGAUCUGUAAUGUAAUGCGUUUCAAAAACAAUUACAUCUACUAAUAUGUAUUGACGCAUGUUAAAGGGGCGUGCACUUAUCGAAAUUUCUGCAAUAUCCCAAAUCGUGUACGCGCAUUCAUCGGCAGCUCUGAACAUCACCAUAAGCGCGUGCGCGCAGAGAAGAAAUAGCCUAACGGGACGUCGGAGACGCUUGCAACGAAAGACAAAAGCCACAAACCGCAAAACGAAGUGCCCUCCUGAAUGAAAUUCAGAUGUUUAUGGCGACGGACACAUGCAGGUUAUCAUUACGACUACGUGCGACGCGUCUCGCCGAUGUUCCAGAUUUCGUUAAACCUGCUCUCGCUCGCCUGCGGAAGAUCCAUCAUUGACAUCUUGACAGCUUCGCCGCCGAUGAGAGGAACACCGGAUAUACUAUUUAUGCCCAAACACACCGAGCAGCAAUAAUGCGUAUUCUCGAUUUUAUCAGACACAUUUAUUUUGCCAUGUAAUCUCAGUUUCUGCACGGAGAACGGAGGAGGAAAGGAACAGAGCGUGAUUUCUUGUUUCACCGAAUGCAUUAUCAUAACGUUUCCAUCAAUUAUUUAUUUGUUUCAUGUUGAUCAAUUCUGAUGUGACGAAAAGACUGAUCGGUUCUGGUAGAUAGCAUCAAGGACGGACACCUCUCUCACAUCUUCAUUAGCCCACUUCAAAUUAGACAGAUCUUUAUUCAUCUCCAUUUGAGGACUCGCGGCAGAGGCGCAUUUCUGAGGGUGCCGGUGGGGUAGAUAGGGGGAGAUAGAGACGCCGGAAAUAGCAGAAACAAAUCACGGGAGGGUAGACGGUUGGGUGCAAGCGAGGAAAAUGCUACCUUCACAAGAAGCCUCAAAGAUUUACCAUGACAACUAUAUGCGUAACUCUCGAGCCAUUGGUGUCUUGUGGGCCAUCUUCACCAUCUGCUUCGCCACCAUCAACGUGGUGGUCUUCAUCCAGCCUUAUUGGAUCGGGGACAGCGUGAGUACACCACAUGCCGGUUACUUCGGGCUGUUCCAUUACUGUGUGGGCGACGGCAACUCGAACCGGGAGCUGAUUUGCCAGGGAACAUUUUCGGACUUCAGCUCCAUCCCGUCCGGCGCGUUUAAGGCGGCCUCAUUCUUCGUGCUGCUGUCCAUGGUGCUCAUUUUGAGCUGCAUCGCCUGUAUGGCGCUCUUCUUUUUCUGCAACACCGCCACCGUCUACAAAACCUGCGCUUGGAUGCAGCUGCUUUGUGCUGUGUGCCUGGUGCUGGGCUGUUUGAUUUUCCCAGAUGGCUGGGAUGCAGAGGUCAUCCGGGAUAUGUGUGGAGAGGAGACAGGAAAGUACACGCUGGGAAACUGUUCUGUUCGCUGGGCUUACAUACUGGCCAUCAUCGGCAUCCUAGAUGCUCUCAUCCUGUCCUUUCUUGCUUUUGUCCUCGGAAACCGCCAGAACGACUUUAUGCACGAUGAAAUCAAGGCUGAAAAUAAAGAUUUGGCAGUAUCCAGGCAUACUCUACGUGUAGGGUCUUCUCUGCGAGUUGAUGGAAUUGAGAUCCGAGAUACCAAGGACCCUCGAUUCGGCGUCCAGCGGUUUCCGUGAGGAGACAGCAUCCCCUUCUCUCCUUUUUUUUCUCUCUCCUUGUCCUCAGGCCUGUGUCUCUAAACUCAGUCAGGAUGCUGCUAGUUCAGCUCUUUGUAAUAUAGAAAAAAAGACUGGAAUAAACUUCAAGAAGAGAACAUAUUCAGCAUACACCUAUUUAAAUACCAUGAGAAUUGAAAACCAAUAAAAAGAAGAAAAGAUCAGCUUUACAUAAACCAACAACUCUGGGAAAGUAACAAGUUACGCAUAAUACUACUGUUAUUUAAUAAUGCUUUGACGACAAUUAUGAUGAUAGUCACGAUUAUGCUUGCGGCAGCGAUAUUAUGUUCAGACUUUCAUAUUUGAUCUAAAACGGGGAACAUAUUUCUAGCUUUAAGGGAAUAUAAUGAAUCGAUGCAUAUGUACAAGAGAUUGGGUGCUACUCUGGACACGCAGAUGACAAGGACAAACAUCAAGCCAAAAAUUUAAAUAAACAGAAAAAAAGAAACAUUUUGUACAGCACAAGAUGUAAUUUUGAAGAUCGUCUUUUUCUGACAAAAUUUUGAAUUCCCCUCUUUGUACAUGUGGUCAGCAAUCAGAGUUAAUCGAUUAGUUAAUUUGUAAAAAUCUAUAUUUCUAUGGAUACAGGGUACAGCCAUUAAGCAUUUAUUCAACCGCAUCGCAAUCCUUCUGCAAACUGAUUUAUUAUUUUAUCACCCGAAGGUUCCGAUGGUCAUGCUGUGACUGUGCAGAUUGACAGCAGUUAUCUAAUUUGGCAUGUAAACCUCUUCUUACUUUGCUUAUUUACAGAAACGUUCUCUCUUGAUAUUUCCUUUUUCGUUGAAGAGUGAAAAAUUCAUGAUUAGUGAAUAGUACAUGUUUGCGCUCAUUUUCUGCAGCUGUUUGUGGUCAUGAGACCAAGGUGAUUUUCAUUCUCAUUAGUCAUUUGUCUGGAGGAAAAGCCCUGCAUGCUGCAUUUUACUCAGGCCCAACAUGUUCUGAUCUGCCAUCUCCCAUAUCAAGUAGAGCACAGUGGAACAGCACAAAGUUAACCGGAACACAUCUACUAAGUGACUACUGAGACUUGGUGUACAGUCAUAAACAUGACUACUUCUUUGUUUCCAAUGCAAGAUGUGUAGCACAAUAAUUCACACACUUUCUCAGCAUACACUCAUCCUUACAAUCAAUGGACUGAUGUGACUUAAUUCCUCACGUAUGCAAAGCGCAACAACCGAAUCUUCAAACGAUAUCAACAGUACCACUUGCAAAUAAGAAAAAUCCUAAUAUUUUCUUAUAUACAUCCAAACAAAAUAGGAAUCUUUGCACAGAACAAACACUUACACACAUGAAACAUUGGUCAAAGGAAAACAUUUGUUGGUUUGGUUCAUUUUAGCUGCAUCUCUGUUCAAUGGCAUCAUUUAGGGUCUGGAACUGAUACAGACCUUCGAAGUGUGCUGGACAAGAACCUUUCACCGCCAUUUAGGAUCACUUCAAGAGGACAGUACAUCAGGGGUAUAAGUCUGACCCCUGCAGCCCUUUGAGCGGGAGUUUUUUGGAGGUGAAAUGGAAAGGACUGAAAAUGAAAUGUGACGUACUCCACGGUGCUUAAACCCUCCUCGCCCUUAGAUAAAGACUGAUUGCUGCUCCCCAUCUACCUCAGUCUUGAACCCCUCAUACUCUGUUUACUUGAUGUGCUCCGCUGGGAGAUGACUACUGAGAUCAGAUGGAGAGCGGGGUGGUAGGAGCAGGAAGAUCACACUGCAUUGGACUUUUAGAUUAACGGUUUUCUUUUAAAAUGCAUCUCCUUGCAUCCCAUCAUUCAUCCAGUCCUUUACAUUACAUUUGAAGUUCGAAAAAAGCAGAGACAUUUUGUGUCCAAUGUCGCAUGUCAUGAUUUUGCCAAGUACGUUGUGAUCCUGGACUAAUGUCUAUGUUCAUCCGAAAACAUAAUUUUUGUUUGAAAAUGUAAUCCAUACCUGUUCCCUACCCCUAAACCCAACCAUAACUGUAAAUUGGUCCAAAAUCAGAGGAGAAUAAUAGUUGGAUAACAAUCAUGCACAAGUGGAAAAACAGUAAGCCUAAACUGAACAUAAAUGGUAAACGUAUCCCUUAGUUCUGAUUGGCUGAUUGAAAUGUCAUUCAACAUAGAUGUUAAUCCAGGAACAUGUCCUACUUGGUGAAAUCAUGUUGGCAGUUAAAUGUCUGUUUACCCCAAAAUCUGCCUUUUAUAAAGAGGUCAAUAAAAAAAUCCAAAUGA